GAUUGGGCCAUCUUGUUCCACUUCCUUCUGCCUUUGAGUGUCACGCGACCGCCUCCCCCUCCCGCCCUUCUGGGUCUACCUCUGGGCUGGGCUGCUUGGGGAUGAGAUACUCGGCUGUCAGUGGUGGCAGGGGCGAAGGCUACAACUGCAAUCACAUCCGCGAUUGAGAUCAUGGCCGAGAAUCAACCUCAGAAUAAAGCUAAACUCAUCUCUGAGACUCGGCGGAAAUUCGAAUCUGAUUAUGUGACAGAUAAAUCAGAUAAAUAUGAUCCGCGUGAUAUUGAAAGGCUCCAGCAAGAUGAUAACUGGGUUGAAAGCUACUUAAAUUGGAGACAUAAUGUUGUAGAUGAAACAGUAAAGAUGCUGGAUGAGAGUUUUCAAUGGAGGAAAGAAUUCUCUGUCAAUGACCUUAGUGAAUCCUCCAUUCCUAGAUGGCUAUUAGAAAUGGGUGGUAUUUAUCUUCAUGGUUAUGACAAAGAAGGUAACAAAUUGUUCUGGAUCAGAGUGAAGUAUCAUGUAAAAGACCAGAAAACAAUAAUGGAUAAAAAGAAGCUCAUAGCAUUUUGGUUGGAACGUUAUGCUAAGCGAGAAAAUGGAAAACCUGUAACAGUGAUGUUUGAUCUCUCGGAGACUGGACUAAAUAGCAUUGACAUGGACUUUGUACGAUUUAUCAUCAACUGCUUUAAGGUUUAUUACCCUAAAUACCUCUCAAAAAUUGUGAUCUUUGAUAUGCCUUGGAUAAUGAAUGCUGCUUUCAAGAUCGUGAAAAGCUGGCUUGGCCCAGAAGCAGUGAGCUUGUUGAAGUUCACAGGUAAACAUGACAUCCAGGACUAUGUCAGCGUAGAGUACCUGCCUCCCCACAUGGGUGGGACUGACCCUUUCAAGUAUAGCUACCCACCUCUAGUGGAUGAUGACUUCCAGACACCUUUGUGUGAGAAUGGACCCAUUACCAGUGAGGAUGAAACUUCAAGUAAAGAAGAUAUAGAAAGUGAUGGUAAAGAAACCUUAGAAACAAUUUCUAAUGAAGAGCAAAUACCUCCUCUUAAAAAGGUUAGCUCAACUGAAUCCACUUCAAAAACAGAUGAAACAGAAAAAGCUGAUUCUAAGAAUAAAUCUUUCAAGAAACCACUGAGUGUAUUUAAGGGACCCUUAUUACAUAUCAGUCCAGCAGAAGAACUGUAUUUCGGAAGUACAGAUUCUGGAGAGAAGAAAACCUUAAUAGUGCUAACAAAUGUAACUAAAAAUACAGUGGCAUUUAAGGUGAGAACAACUGCUCCUGAAAAAUACAGAGUCAAGCCAAGCAACAGCAGCUGUGAUCCUGGUGCAUCCGUCGAUAUAGUUCUGUCUCCACAUGGGGGCUUAACCGUUUCUGCCCAAGACCGAUUUCUGAUCAUGGCUGCGGAAAUGGAGCAGCCCUCUGGCACUGGGCCAGCAGAAUUGACUCAAUUCUGGAAAGAGGUUCCCAGAAACAAAGUGGUAGAGCAUAGGUUAAGAUGUCAUAUUGUUGAGAGCAAUAAACCAAACACUCUUACAUUAAAAGACAAUGCUUUUAAUAUGUCAGAUAAAACCAGUGAAGAUCUGCAUCUGCAGCUCAAUCGUGUACUAGAAAGCAAUAGAAAACUUGAAGAUCAAGUUCAGCGUUGUAUUUGGUUCCAGCAGCUGCUACUCGCCUUGACUCUGCUCUUGCUUGCUUUUGCUGUUUCUUUCUUUUAUUCAUUGAACAGCUAAGGAUGUGAUGCCUGGUCAGAAACUUGGCUUCUUCAUUCAUUAUUUGGAAAAAGUAACAGAUUCCAAAUUUCCCAUCCAAGCUACUAAUAAUAUUGUACAUCUGCUCUUUCUAAAAGAAAAAGUGCAGCACGUAGAUGGGAAUAACACAUACUUCUCUUGAAAAUAAAUUGUUUGAAUAAAGAAAUGUUGGAGAGAAUGACAAUUUCUAGACAGGAGAGUAAGUAAAACUGUAUGAAUUGUGUAAAUUACUAGUUUAGUUUUAAUUUAUUUCCCCUAUGAUUUGAAGACUUUAAAAGCUUAAGUUUAAUCAUGUAAGUUCUUUAGCUGAACUGAAAUGUACAAGUAACAUGCUUUGUUGCAGCCAAAAAAAAUAGGUCAUCUGCUUUUUUUAUGACAGAAUUAACAUAGCUGAGCCGACUUACUAGCUUUUCUAUAUGAUGUAUAUAAAGGAACAUGUAUAUUAGAAAGAAAAGAAAACUACUUAGAGUAAUUUAUGUAAUCAUGACUUUGUAUUUUGAGAAUUCCUUCCAGAUGAUACUCAAUAUUCUUUUGGAAUGUAAACCUAUUUAAUGCCAAACCACUUUAGCCUUUGUUUCUCAGUGUUCCUGAAUAGCCUGCCUCUUAAUUAAUCCUGGGCUUUUUAACGAACACUCUUUUAACUUCAGUAGAAUGUAGGAAGCAAAGCAUGGUUGGAUUUUUUUAAUUAUGUUAGAAAAUGGCCUCAGUGAAAGUUUCUCCAAACCAUUUUCCUUUCCCACUAAGUCUAUGCAGUUUUGCGUUGUCCUCUAUGGCUGGACACUGUUCCUUCUAUGUAACUUACUAUAAAGGCCUAAUUCUCCAUUCUUCCAUCUUCACCUUCAUCCAGAGAAGGAGAGUCUCUUUGUGGCUCAGAGAUUGCACCGUCUUCACCCUCAUUUCUAAAUGCAAGGCAUUAAACAACAUUUUUGAAAAGCCAUUUUUUGUGCCAGUACUGAGGCUUGAACUCAGGGUCUGGGCGCUGUCCCUUAGCUUUUUUGCUCAAGGCUGUCGCUCUACCACUUGA